AUGUGCCUGUCAUCCUAUCAGUCGGUAGUACAGCUCACCGACCCACUCAGACCUGAACACCUGAAGACGAUUGAGCUCUUCUGGAACGAUGUCGGCGUGCAAAUAUGCUCAAAACGCCGAAAUGAGUUUAAUUUAAUGGACUCGUCGGUGUACUACAUGGCCAGACUGGAGGAGAUACUGACAGAUGGCUAUGUUCCCACAGUGCAAGAUAUCCUCAGGGUGAGAAUUCCAACUAAUGGCAUCAACGAGUACACCUUUUCCCUUGAUACAAUCAACUUUCUCAUCGUCGACGUCGGUGGUCAGCGAACUGAACGUCGAAAGUGGAUUCACUGUUUUGAGAACGUCACCUCCAUAAUCUUUCUCGUUGCGCUCAAUGAGUUUGACCAGGUUCUCUCUGAUAGCAAUGUUGUCAAUCGUCUAGAAGAAUCAAAAGCCCUCUUCAAAACCAUCGUCACUUGUGAAUGGUUUCGCCACUCAUCCGUCAUUCUCUUUCUCAACAAGUACGACCUGUUUGAGGACAAAAUUCUCUACGGCCCCAACCGAUUGUCUGACUACUUUCCCGCCUACUCUGACGGCGAUCGUGAUCCAGCCGCGGCGGCCGAUUUCAUUUUGGAACUAUUUUACCAGGCGGUAGAUCUGACUGUGCUGCGAAAGCGAGUCGUCUACAGUCAUUUCACAUGCGCCACAGACACACGAAACAUGAGGGUGGUCUUCCAGGCAGUCAAGGAGACCAUUCUCGAUCAGAUGCUCUGCAAGGAGAUACAAAUCUUUUGA